GUACCACGGUUCUAGUGUCUUACACGCCGCUAGCUUCGGGUGAGAGCCGGCGCUUUUUUUGCGACCGCUGGCGGCGCCUACGCGUCUUUGCGACAGCGUUUCUCCAUUUCACGGUUCCCACCUAGCACUUGCGCCGAAAGCCGCGCGCGACAAGAGCCCUCAGCCGGUGCACACAAGCAGAGAGCUGCAGAGGCAAAAAGCUCCCGCAGCGCUCGCGACCGCCGUCGACGCCGUCGACGCACAAGCAGAAGCUAGACAAAAGCAACCAUGGGUCGCGGCCGAGGCAGGGGCCGGGGCCGCGGCAAGCGCAUGGUCACGAGCGCUGAGGACCUCGCGCUACGAAAUGAACAGCAGGCCGCCUACCAGCAGAAGCGCGCCGCGCGGCGCGGCGAGGACGGCGAGGACGGCAGCGAGAGCGACGAGGAGGACCUGCCCGAGUUUGACGCGGAGGCCGCCGAGGCGAUGCGCGCCGCGCGCGACACUUCAGAGAAGGCCCCGAAGAAGAAGAGCACUACCGAAGGCCUCAUCAAGACCGCGAACCCGAACGCGCCGCAGAAGCAACACCUCAAAAUGUCCCAGCUCGAUGGAUCGGCUCCGAAGCCGGAGCUGACAAGAAGAGAGCGCGAGGAACUCGAUCGACAGAGGCGAGCGGCAGCAUAUGCCAAGAAGCAUGCUGCCGGCCAGACCGACGAAGCGAAGGCUGAUCUCGAGCGACUGCGAGCCGCGAAAGCUAGGAGAGAGGCCGCCGAGGCCGCUCGGUCAAAAGAAACGGAAGAAGAAGCAAGGCAGAAAGCCCUCGCGAAGGCCCAGAUGGAGAUGAUGCAGGGCGCGCAGACGCUCGACAAGGUCGGCACGGAGCUCGCGAAAGAAUUAGGAAAAGGUUCUUUUUUCGAAGUGGCCGACGAAGCCCCUCCAAAACUCGACAAGCGCAAGGUCAAGAAGAUGAAGCCUGCCCAGCUCAAGGAGGAGCUGAAGUUGAGAGGGUUGUCCAUCCAGGGCAACGCGAAGGAAUUGGUGGCGCGGCUGACGGAGGCGGCUUGUUAGCUGCUGCGCCGAUGGCGUCACGCGAGGGUUAAUAUAUUAGUUGAGAUGCGC